CGGCUUUCGACGGCAUGCCCGCCGCGCGCGAAGACGCAGCGUCCGAGUACCCCGUCAUCGAUGUCGGCCCUUUACUCAGCGCCGGCGAUCCGAACGAGGACGUUCGCUUCAUUCUUGCCCGACGACGCGAGGUCGGUCGAGCGCUUCUCGCCGCGUGCGAACGGUUCGGCUUCUUUUCCAUCGUAUGCACCAUUCAAAAGGAAUCAAUCCCGUGGGCCGACGUCGUUGACCUGUUAACGCUGAACACCCGUGAUGAUUUGCCCGACGACUUUCUCUGGGAGUACGCGCGGCAUGACCGGUCAGAAGGGUGUCUGAUCGAGGGGAAAGAUUUGACCUUUGCACACGUCGACGCGUGGUUUUCACAGAAACAGGCUGACAAGGACGCGUACGCGAUGACGAACGGAAGAGGAUAUCAACGAAUAGGGGAGAAUGUGACGAAUGGGAGACGAGAUCAGCACGAAGCCAUUGAUUUUUAUCGACCGUGUGCCGUUAGUGAUGGUGGUUUGCGCGCGCCGCAUCCGUACAUUGGUCCGAACGAUUUGAACGAGCGCGUCGACAGAUACGCGAAAGGGAUGACGCGCAUUGGUAAAUAUAUUUUGCGCGCGCUAUUGGGCGCGAUUCGGAAAGAAUACCUCCACUAUCGCAUAGCGGACGACUUCACAGAGGACAUACUCGAGGAUGACAUCGCGGGAUGUCCGUUUUGGAUCUUACGGCUCAUAAACUCGCCCGGUUGCGAUUCCGAUGGCGAGAAAACUUCGUGCGGUUGGCACACCGACUACGGUUUGCUGACUUUCAUUCACGCCACGCAUCCAGGCUUACAAAUCGAAGUAUCAGGCAAGAUUAUCGAUGUUCCUCACCAUCCAGAACACAUGGUCUGUAACGUUGGCGAGAUGCUUCAGCUCUUCACGGACGACAGUCUCAAAGCCACCCGGCAUCGCGUCGUCCGAAAGCCGAGCGACGAAAACUGCGCGCGUCCUCGUAUUUCGAUUGCGUUCUUUUAUGAACCCAACUACGACGCUGUGAUAUCGAACAGGCAUCUCACGGAUCAAAGUGCUUUGGAAUCGGGUUACUCAUCUCCGCGCGAGGUGCGAUACGCCGACUUCUUGCGACAAAAGGUCGCCACGAACUUCGCAAAGGUUGACGAGGACCCUCGGGCGUAG